AUGUUAAAGAAACUGCAACUAUCAUCGGAGGAGAAGAGAAGCAUCAAGUUUGAGGCGGAGGCAGGGAGCGGGGAGAAUGAUCGCCCACCUCAGGCGGUCGCGAAGCUAUUCUCGGAGAGGAAUGUUUGUCCUGAUGUCAUUGAGCAGUCUGUGGGGUGGAUCUGGUGCCCAACCAGGGGAAUCUCAUGCAAAGAUCUUGGAGAUAAUGUCUUCUUGAUCUCGUUCAACCAGGCGUCGGGUUUGAGGAGGACGUUGGAUGAUGGGCCCUGGAUGAUUUCAAAGGAACUCCUGGUGGUUACGGAGUUUGCUGAGGUGAAAUCGGUGGAUGAAUUUGACUUCUCCAUUGUUCCGAUCUGGAUGCGGGUGGAGCGCCUUCCUCUGGGUCUGAUGAAUCGGGCAGCAGCUAGGGCGAUUGGUGAUGAUGUUGGAGAGUUCGUGGAGGUGGAUGCGAAUGGAAGUGACUUGGCAGUGGGCAGAGAUCUGCGUCUCAAGGUCCGGAUGGAUAUCUGUAAACCUCUCUGUCGGGGCAUCUUAGCGGAUCUGGGACCAGACAAAGGAGAUUGGUGGUGCCCGAUCACUUAUAAACACUUGCCUGAUUUCUGCUACAUUUGCAGGCUGAUCGGUCAUGUGGAUCGCCCUUGUUCAAAGAAGUUGGGGAAGGGUGAGAAAGCCCCAUAUAGUAGGGAGUUGCGGUAUAUACCACCUUGUAAGCCGAUCGGGGGAUUUGGACGAUCGGGGUCGUGGAGAGCUGGGCAUUCUGAUAGCUGGAGCAGUGGAAGCAAGUCUCAGUCGGAUGGUCCUUCUUGGAGGAAGGAUGUAGAGAAGGGAGAUGUGAAGGUGAUCGAAGGAAGGAAGGAUGAUGGGGAAGAGGUGACGAGCCCUAUAAAGGAGAUGCAACUCUCGAAGAAGACCCCAGGUGUAGUGAGGACUGAGUUGUUUCCAAAGGAGGUGGGCGAUGAGCAUACUGUGAAGAAUAAGGAAGGGGAGAAAGAUAAAUUUGGGGGUAAGUUCAAGAGAGUGAAGAGGGAUGGCAAGCGGCAGAUGGGGGAAACGAUCCCGGGGGAGACACGGAAGAACAGGAGAGGUAGGGGAGAGGAUAUGGAUCUUGAUGAGCAGGCUGAGGUGAAGAGGUCUGAAAGCAUCUAG